AUUCCCUCAACCAUAUAAUAUAAAUAUUGUAUAUAGCUUCAUUAUAAAGAGAGAGAGCUAAGCUUUACCUCAAAGUCUCAAGCUGCAAUAAGAAGACACGCAAAGAUUAUCAAUACAAACAAGUUUGUGGCCAUGGCAGAGGAGUUUCAGGCCGGGAUUUGUGGCGAGAACUGGUGGAUGAAUUCUUCGAAAAGCAUGUUCAUCGGCGGCUUAUCACCAUGUUCUACGGUGAGCCUCCCUAGUGAUCAUAUGGGAACUUAUAAUGGGUCAUGGGCCACGGCUGAUAUGGUAGACUUGAAGCCGAGGUCAAUAUCAUGCAAGGAGUCUCAUAACACUACUUCGGUGUCUGAUACCUCUAUAGCUUUCCUAAAUUCUCCAAAGCCUCAACAGGCUAAUUCAGAUAGUGGGGGUAGCAGUAAUUUGAUUGAUUCCACCUUGCAAAUGAUGGGUUUCGGGCUCUCGUCGUCGUCGUCGUCAUCGGAUUGGAACCAAGCUUUACUCUCCGGGAAUGGAAGAACUGAGAGUUACAAUUCCAUGCUGCAAGAAGACAUGAAUUCAGGAGGACUAAACUCUUCUCAAAUCCAAAAAGAUUGGAGUCCAAAGAGCUAUCCGGUUAACAGUUCCAGCAAUUCGCCACCAACUUGCCAGGGAUUUUCUACAGGCUUUUCAAUGGAGCCAACAGCUUCUUAUGGCUACCCUUCAACAUUGAUACAAAGUUUAUUUGAACCAGAUCAUCCUCAACCACAACAAGUACAAUCUCUUUUCAACAACCGGCCCAUGAAUUACCUGUCGCCGACAGCUCCAAAUUAUGGGACCAACAUAAGUGAAUUGUCAUCUCCUUCUUGGACUAAAGUAUCUCCCUUGAUAAAAUCUUGUUUGCAAAAGCAACAGGCAAGUAGUUUGCACUUUACUAACAACACAACCUACUGGAAUGCCUCACCAACCGGAAUAAAUGAUAUUAGAGCAAGCUUUUUAGCCUCAUCACCAUCUCAGUUUCUUCUGCCAACUUUUCAAGAGAAACCCAAUUGCCCCAGCCUUACUAUACAGCCUAACAGAGAAGUUCGAGACUCGGUUUCAGUAGUUAAGAAAGGAUGUGAAUCAGCAUUCAAAAGGCCUCGAAUCGAAGCACCAUCUCCACUACCAACUUUCAAGGUCCGGAAAGAGAAGCUAGGGGACCGAAUAACUGCCCUCCAGCAAUUGGUUUCACCUUUCGGAAAGACUGAUACUGCAUCGGUUCUCCAUGAAGCUAUUGAGUAUAUCAAGUUCCUCCAUGGCCAAGCCACUGUUUUAAGUACUAUAUACAUGAAAAAUGGCAAUCCCAUUCAACAUCAACAGGCUCCAGAAGACAAAUUGAACGACCUAGAAGGGCCAAAACAAGAUCUAAGAAGCCGAGGACUAUGUCUUGUGCCAAUCUCCAGCACAUUUCCUGUUGCUAAUGAGACCACUGCUGAUUUCUGGACACCAACAUUUGGUGGCACUUUCAGGUAGAAGGAUGAUUAUAGUAAAGCUAGCUAAACAGCUUCUAUAUAUCUAAUGAUCAAGCACUGAUUUUAAAUCCCUAUAGUUUUGUAUCAAACCAACCAAGAUGGAAGGAAACGCUCAUAACUUCAAUAUAGGAAGAAGAUUAUAGCAGGAGCCACUGUACUGCUGUGCUAGCUAGCUGUACCAGUCUUGAACGAAAAGCUAAAGAAAACAAAUGAAAAAGAGAAAAAGGAACUCAAGCUUCAAAGAUGGACAGACAAUGCUGGGCCAGCUACAAGAAGAAUUAAUGAUGUUAGGCUAUCAAAUGAUUAGGAGCCACUUGAGAUGAAGAAUAUAAAUAUCUAGAAGGUAACCAAGUCGUAGUACUACUGGUUAUAUAUUAACUAAUACCUUAAAGGUGGGGGCUAAGCACAGGAACAGCUGCUAAAUUCAGCUAAAUAUAUUAACAUCUGUGAGUUUAGAGAUUAAUUGUAUGUUGUUGAUCGUUACAUAUAAAUGGGGUGAAUUUAGCAGAUUGGAACAAAAGGCCUUUUGUUCCUGUUGCGCCAUUGUUGUGGAUGCAUAGAGCUGGCACCACCAGUCCACCUUUAUACGUAUAAAUAUAUAUUGCUUUUGUUAUUGUAGAUGAAAGAAAAAGAAAUAAAGGGAUUAUUGUACUCA